AUGGUCUGCCUUCCCGGGCUCCGGCACACCUUGGCAGCACCAAAUACAGCCCCAACCCUGCUCUACCUCCUAGGGACGUGCAUCGCUUUGGAUCUCCGGAUUUUCCCCCGGGCGCUCUCCUGCGCUGUUCUGCUCCUCCUGCUCGUCGCCGUGCUGAGCAGAGGCAAGAGGUGCAGCAUCGCCAAAAUCCUCCGGCAGUACCGCGCCGUCAUCUUCCACGAGAUCCAGAACCUGAAAAACCUAAGCGGGUCGGCAGACAGGAACGCAAGGGCAGCUUGUCGUUCGGACAAGGACCAGAAGAUCCUGCUCUCCAUCUACAACAUCAGCAUGUCCCUGCAGGAGGUGGCGGCCGGCACCCUGCGCGGCCCCGAGGAGCUGGCGGUGUGGAAGGUGGCCAGAAACACCGACUUCGUGCUCAGGGAGAACUGCAGGAAAAUCAGCAAGAGCUCGCCGCGCAUCCCGGCACAGUCCCGGCGUGGGGGACCCGGCCGCAGGAGGAAGCAGCUGCGGGAGAUCGGGAGGAAGGUGGAGAGGCUGGCGACCUGCUGGGAGAAGCUCUACGCCCUGCACGCACCCCACCGCGCCUCCCGGGACUCGUAGGGACACUUUCACCACGCGCCGGAGGGACGCACUGCUCCGGCACCGUGGCUGCCAGCGUC